CUCGGGCAGUCAGACAGAAUAAAGACAAGUCCUUGCCCUGCAUUGCUUCGUAGCAAUCGCCAACCUCGUCUCGUUUCCGAAAACAUUCGUGACAACUAGGCAACAAACCAUGAUUUAAGAAAACCGCUUGGAACCUCAACCAUAUAUAUAUAUGUCUUGUCCAUGGACUUGGACUUCUGGUCAAGCAAAAGCACAGACAAGAAGAGAGACCCACAGCAAGAAGAGCAAAAAAAGAGCCGAAGCAAGCGAGAGAAAUGGAAAUGCUGAUGGUGAAAACUGAGGAGACUGCGGGCCAGCGCCGAGCUUACGUGGCUGCGGACGGCCAGGCGCCACGGCCCUGCUGCGUCAAGCGGCGUCGGAGAGACCCGGCUUCUUCGGUUCUACUCAGGCGCAGCGACGAGGCCGGCCAGGGUCACCAGCCGCAACAAGCAGACCAGGCGUCUUCGGCUGCCACCGUGAAGAGGAGCUCGAGAUUUCGUGGCGUGAGCAGGCACAGGUGGACUGGUAGAUAUGAAGCUCACCUGUGGGAUAAGCUCUCCUGGAAUGUGACCCAGAGGAAAAAAGGAAAGCAGGUUUACCUAGGUGCUUAUGAUGUUGAAGAAGCCGCCGCGAGAGCAUACGACUUAGCCGCCCUCAAGUAUUGGGGGACAUCAACCUUUACCAAUUUCCCGAUAUCAGAUUAUGAGAAGGAGAUUGAGAUAAUGCAGAGCAUGACAAAGGAGGAAUACCUGGCUUCAUUGAGAAGGAAAAGCAGCGGCUUCUCGAGAGGUGUAUCGAAGUACAGAGGAGUUGCCAGGCACCAUCACAAUGGUAGAUGGGAAGCGAGAAUCGGAAGAGUUUUCGGAAACAAGUACCUCUACCUCGGCACCUACAGCACUCAGGAGGAAGCAGCUCGCGCCUACGACAUCGCAGCAAUCGAGUACAGAGGGAUCAAUGCCGUCACCAACUUCGACUUGAGCACUUAUAUCAGAUGGCUAAAGCCGGGAACAAACACGCCUAUUGCUGCACUUGAACAGCUCGGUUCACUAGAGCCUCAGAUAGUUCCUUCGACAGCCAAUUUCGCUCCUCGAGAAGAGCCCGAUGGAUCUCUGCUGUUCAACACCAACGCUUUUGCAGCAGACUACCUCUACUCUCCUCGAAAGCCGGACGUGUUCAGAACCAAAGUCGCUCUUAGCUCGUGCAACAAGUCUCCUCCGCCUACUGCGCUCGGCCUCCUCCUUCGAUCAUCGGUGUUCCAAGAGCUGGUGCAGAAGAACACGGCACUUUCCAUGGAGGACAUCAAUGGGGAAGAAACAAAGAACCAGCCACAGUCGCGCAACGAAGACGAAUUUACAGGAAUUUUCUACGCGGGAGAGGGUGAUUUCCCGUUCGAUUGUUCUUCAAGCCAAGAUGAUGCAGGUUUGCAACAGAGAGAGCUGCAGUUCAUUUUGUGACCGAAUAAAGCGACAACAACACAUCCUACAGAUUCGACCUAACAACUGCAGCUUCCUUUUGCCCUCACAGUGGCGGAACAUAAUGUAAAGAACUUUCUAGUCGGCAAAAGGGACAUAAAGCUUUUCUUCAAUAUCAAACAAUAAUUCGUGGCUUAGCCUACCACGGACAGCAAUUUUCACGGCUCUGUAUACAGAACUAAUCUUCUGUUUGUCCAAUCUGAGGCGCGGCCAAGCAGAUUGGUUGGCAGUACUUCGACAGUAAAAUUCAAUUU